ACAAAUCUACUCUCAAAACCCUUCAAACUUCUUAGGUCCCAAUCUGCAAUUAAACCCUUUAGUAUAUGGUACUAUCUAUGCCUUCCCUUUUAUGUCUUCCCUUCAUGGCUCCAAUUUUCUCUUCGUUUCUUGCUUUAACUCUCAUUAUUCCAUUAAGCAAUGCUCAAGGUCCACCUUCCCCUGGAUUCUCCCCAAGCUCCAGGGUGAGCACUGUGGCCUUUAAUACAGGGUUUCGAAACCUCUGGGGUCCUCAGCACCAAAAACUAGACCAGGGCUCAUUAACAAUCUGGCUCGAUAAAAGCUCAGGGAGUGGUUUCAAGUCACUUCGUCCGUACCAGUCAGGUUACUUUGGUGCUGCAAUGAAACUCCAACCUGGUUAUACAGCAGGAGUGAUUACAUCUUUCUAUCUUUCAAACAAUGAAGAACACCCCGGAGACCAUGACGAAAUCGACAUCGAGUUCCUUGGAACAACGCCGGAUAAACCCUACACAUUGCAGACCAAUGUGUACAUUAGAGGAAGCGGGGAUGGGAACAUAAAUAUUGGAAGGGAAAUGAAGUUUCAUCUAUGGUUUGACCCUACAAAAGAUUACCAUAACUAUGCUAUACUGUGGAACCCUAGUGAAAUCAUAUUUUUCGUAGAUGAUGUGCCGAUCAGAAGGUACCCAAGGAAGAGCGACGCCACAUUCCCAACGAGACCAAUGUGGGUGUACGGAUCAAUAUGGGAUGCGUCAUCUUGGGCUACCGAGAAUGGUAGGUACAAGGCUGAUUAUAACUACCAACCCUUUGUAGGCCGGUACACGAAUUUCAAAGUAAGCGCCUGCACCGCCAACAGUCCCGCCCCUUGCCGCCCGCCUUCUGCCUCUCCGUACGGGUCCAGCAGCCUUAGCCCACAGCAAGCUUUGGCCAUGAAUUGGGUCAAAAACAACUAUUUGGUGUAUGACUAUUGCCAUGACCCUAAGAGGGAUCACACUCAGAUACCCGAGUGCUAAUUAAAUGUGAGUCAUUUAAAACUUUACAAAAAGGAAAAUGUAACAAUUGUUGAUCGAAAGGGGGUUUCUUGAGAUGGGCCCUUGAAGAGUGGUUAAGCGUCCAAAACCCUCUAAGAUUUGCAUCUUUUAUUUCCAUUGUUUUGUUGCUUUUAAGUGUUUUGCUUUGUUGUUUUCUUUGGAAUAAUUUAUUACAAGAGUUAUUUUUUAAUACAAAAGGGUUAAUUGUAUCAAA